AACGAGGCCUAGGCUUAACACGACUUCCUCUCUCUCUCAUAUUUUAUACGUUAACUCGACGACGCGCUUACAUUUGUUGACGUGACGGUUGAAUAAUAAAUACCUCCUAUUCUAAUGCGAUUCGUCCGACGAUGACAUAUCCGCCAAAAUGGACGGAGAUUGGGACGAGGUUAACCGCAUACCUUUCCCACCACCCGGUCUCCGGGCCAUGCCAACACCAGUUACCGUCUUAGCUUUCGACACGAGCCAGGAACUCUUAUGGACUGGCAACGAAUAUGGUCGUGUAUCGUCAUUUUAUGGUACGAAACUACAGCCAUACACCUCCUUCAAAGCCCACACCUCUCAAGAUGGGCCUGUUCGACAGAUACUCUUUAACGACAAGGGCGUUAUAGCCCUGGGUUCCCGUGGCGUACAUAUGGCGUCGCGAAGAGGUCCACCCCUGUGGUCAAUUAGACACGAAGACAUGCAGGAUUUACGGUGUAUGAGCUUCACAUCAAAGGGGACCGCCGAGAUACUGGUCGCCGGCGAGCAAGAAAAAAUGUUUGUAAUUGAUGUGAAUAAAGGGGAGAUAACCAAACAAUUAUCAACGGAACAUAAGUAUACGAUCAUGAGACGAAGUCGCUAUAUAUGUGCAGCGACUUCUAAUGGCGCCGUUCAUAUAAUCGAUCCCGUCAGCUUCCAGGUCAUCAAAAUAUGGAACGCUCACACGGCCGCAAUUAACGACAUGGAUGCGCAGCAUGACUUUAUCGUUACUUGCGGAUAUUCCUUGAGGCACGGUGGUAACUACAUGCCCGACCCAUUCGUCAACGUUUUCGACCUAAAGAACAUGGUAUCCAUGUCACCAAUCCCAUUUCCGGCUGGAGCCGCUUAUGUACGGAUGCACCCUCGAAUGUUAACAACCAGUAUUGUUAUGUCUCAGAUCGGACAGAUGCACGUGGUCGACCUCAUGAAUCCUAACACCAGCAAUGUUCGACAAGCAAAUAAUCUUGGUUACUUUUUAAUGAUAGAAAUCGCCCCAUCUGGAGAGGCGAUUGCUCUUGCGGAUAAUGAGUUCUACAUCCACCUCUGGGGCUCGCCCAAUAAGAUUCACUUCGCCGAAUUUGCUACCCCGAUAGAAACUGUCGACUCUGGAACGGGACCCCGGAUCGAGUUUGAUUCUCUUGAAACCCCUUUGAGCACUGUCGGCAUGCCCUACUAUAGGGAAGUAUUGCUGUCGGCAUGGCCAAGCAACAUGGUAACGGAAGUCGGUGCCCCUCCUGUUAAAAUCGACGCGCAGUUCUUGGCAACGCUCCAGGAGAGAGACUGGGGUUACUUUGGUAAAAAUACUCGGCCUCUGCGAAGAAAUCAAGUCGAAGAUACUCGAAACACAGAGAACGGUCAAAGUUCUCUAAAGCCACCAAAAUUCCUGAGCGAGAAGGCCAGAGAAGCGGCGAAGUCUCCGGCGGGAACACCGGCCCCUGAAGAGGUCGUACCCGAGAUUCCGCAGACUUUGCAAGAUAAUAAGCUCGAAAGCCUAAAGAUUGAGGUGCCCGAGUUAUACCAAAAUAUCGAAAUAAAGUAUAGUAAAUUCGGAAUCGACGAUUUCGAUUUUGGCUAUUUCAACAAGACGCAAUAUUCGGGUUUACAAAAUCAUAUUGUUAACGCCUACGCCAACCCAUUACUACAAGUGAUGCAUUAUACCCCAUUGAUCCGAAAUAUUGCCCUUCAACACGCAGCGACGGCUUGCGUAGAUGAAUUAUGUCUUCUCUGCGAGUUAGGAUUUCUCUUUGAUAUGCUCUAUAAGGCAGAAGGAGAAGCCUGUCAAGCAUCUAAUUUCACUAAAACCCUUAGCUACCAUCCUGAAGCGGGCAAACUGGGUUUGCUCGAGGAAGAACCUCAUGCGUCACGGACUGUCAUGCUUCAACAGCUAGCUCGAUUUCUACUUCGACAAAUGAUCCAGAACUAUAGUCUGAUGGCCCCAAAUCCUCAUUCAGAUAGCGCAGAGUCGCCGCGCCCUAAUGCGCUUGAAGAGCUAUUUCAAACCUUCGCGACCAGCUCCAUCAGAUGUGUAAACUGUCGCAGCGAAACAACGAAAGCCGACCAUACUAUGGUGAAUGAGUUAAUGUACCCUCAGAAUAAAUCCGGGCAUAGAAAUCCCAGAGUACGAGGGACAACAUUUUCUCAAGUAUUGAAGAUGAGUGUGGAGAGGGAGACUAUGAACAAAGGCUGGUGCAACAGCUGCCACAGGUACCAGACGUUAGCUACGCGAAAGACGAUACACAGAAUACCCAACGUUUUGAUGCUUACAACCGCAAUUAAUAACAACGAGCACCGGCGACUUUGGGCUACGCCUGGGUGGCUACCAGAAGAGAUUGGUGUCAUAGUGGACAAUGGCCAAUUCUUCUGCUACGAGGGCGAAGACUUGAAGCUGCAUUUACUGAGGGGAAUUCACAAUAUUACGGUGUAUUCUUUAACAGGCCUUGCUGUCAAUAUCGAGGGCGGUCAACAGCAGAGAUCGCACCUCGUAGCGAUGGCGAAUAUCGCACAUUCUGCGCCGACAGCCCCGGGCCAAAGUCAGUGGUACCUCUUCAACGACUUCUAUGUCAAGCCAAUCCCCUCUCAGGAGGCACUUACAUUCAAUACGUCAUGGAAGACGCCGUCUGUGAUUACUUAUCAAAUUAAAUCCGCCAACAAUCAGCUCGAUCAUAGUUGGAAGCAGAAUCUGGAUUCCAGAUUACUGUAUCUAGAUCUUCAGGCUCAUCGGGCGGAUAAAACUUACCGGACUUUGGAUCGACAAACUGAGCCUGCUGGACCAGAUACAAUUGUUGCGAUUGACACAGAAUUUGUUAAAAUCUCGCAGCCGGAAGUCGAAAUGCAUUCAGACGGUGAAUCAAAAAUCAUCCGGCCAACCGUACACGCUUUGGCAAGAAUUUCUAUCGUCCGGGGUGGCGGUAUGGACGAAGGAUUGCCAUUUAUCGAUGACUAUAUCACCAUCAAAGAGAAAGUCGUCGACUAUCUUACCUCUUAUUCAGGAAUCACCGCCGAUGAUUUAGAUAUAAAUAUGGCGGAGCAGAAAGGACAUAACCUUGUUCCGUUGAAGAUUGCGUAUAAGAAAAUUUGGAUUCUCCUGAAUCUCGGAUGUAAAUUCCUAGGCCACGGCCUAAAGCAAGAUUUCCGAGUCAUCAACAUCCACGUGCCAAAAGCACAAGUCAUCGACACAAGCGACCUGUUUUUUAUCAAAGAGCGCCUCCGAAAACUCAGCUUACAGUUCCUGGCACAUACUCUCCUGAAAGAAGAUAUUCAACAGAGCACGCACGAUUCCAUCGAGGAUGCUAAGACGGCACUAAAGCUUUACCGAAAGUAUCAGGAGUUUAAGGAGGCUGGCAUUCUCGAUGCUAUGCUCCACGAGAUCUACGCAAAGGGCGUUGCCUCUAAUUUCAAGCCCCCAUCUAAAAUUAACGCAGGGGGCAGCGUGUUCAGGACGGAUACGCCUCCGGUAGACGGGGGCCCCACGACACCAUCUAAAAAGCCGAACGCCCUUAUGCCUGGCACACCGACGUUUACACCGGGAAGAGGGCUGAACUUGAAAUAAGCUCCAGUGACCGUGGUCCCAAAAGGAGAGGUUUUUUUUUUGUAGACAUAUAUAAGCGUGCGUAGAAAAAAUCAGAAAGUCUAGCACUGUGAGCUUAUAUACCUAUCUGUGUUUCCAUCAAGGCCAAAAGCUUAUCUCCGCCGCGUUCGAAUAUAUGUCUUAAGGGUUUAGCGAAUCUGAUUUCGUACUCAUUUCGCAGUUGCUUGGAAGGAUUAUAAGGGAUAGUUUAGUAUGUUCAUUUGCCGUACGAUGAACUGGACUGUGUGGAUGUGAAGUGGAAAAGGGGGGGUACAGGCGCACGAGCUAGGUAUGUAUAAUGUUCUCGUCUGGCGAUAGCUAUGGUAUAUUUAGCGGGGUGAUGAGAGGAUAUGAAAAAAAAUAAAAUAAAAUAAAAUAAAAAAUAAAAAUCAAUACUAGGUUACGUUAAGUUAAGUUCAGACAAGUGUACUCUCGCCUUAUCUUAUAAGUCUUCACUACCUAAUAUAACGUAUACACUGAGG